AUGUCUACCUCCCAGAUUCCAGUCGUAUUUUCCCGCUCUGGCCUUUCUCAUCCUCCAGGUUCAGAUCCGCAGCACAUUCAAGAUUAUUCUGACAUCAAUACCUGGUUGCAAGGUAUCAGUUCUACGCAAACUGACGAGUUUUUUCCCUCAUUAGAGUUUGAACUCCUUUCACACAUAACCAUAGAGCCAAGUUCACCGUCCGUCUCCAAAGUAUCUGGAAAUACUCAGCGGUCACUCAAGAUAGAUAAUCUUCAGAUCAGAAAAGCCAUUCACGCAAAUAACCUAUUCAUUGAUAAUUUUGGAAAAAAGAUUCCUGCAGAUGUGCAGGCUGUCAUUGAAGCUGCAGGCAUUCUUCGCCCGUGUUCAACUCCGCUCACAACAGAGGAGCAAGCAUCUAUUGGAGCGACACUUUCCCGUGAAUGGGACACUAAGGAAGCCUCUCUCUUGUCCACUUUAUUAUCAACCCCUCUCUUUAAACUUAUCCCCAUCGAGGAUACCAUGCUUCAGCAAGGUCAAGAUACAUUAUGGACGACAGCGCCGCUACCCCAUAUACUAGGAGCCACCCCCCCCCCCCCCCUUAUCACCCCAAAAACAGAUUACCAUCUCGGAUUCGCAACCACAAUUAUGUGUCGCCAAGACGCAGCAACAGUAUGGACUAACGAUGAAAUUAUCAUCCUUGAUAAUGAGUGUAUGCACGACUACUUUUGCCCUACAAACGCAAACAUCUUUCCCUUCCUAUUGAUUGAAGGGAAGUCAGAAGUGUGUAACAGCUCCUUAUAUAAGGCAGAGAGUCAGCUUGUCGUUGGCGGCGCGCAUCGUGCGAACUCUAUGAAAUUCCUUUUCACUCACGCAUCACCGGAGACCACAAUAUCCUCAGCAGAGUCGCUAGUGUUCUCGCUGGCUGUAAGUCAGCGGGAGGCAAUUGCGUACGUUAACUUCAUGGAUCCUUCAAGCAACCGCUUUUACAUGUCCUACCUUGCAAACUUCUAUCUUCCAGAGGUAAGCGACCGACAAAGAUGUCAUGACUUUAUUACAAACGUGGUUUCAUGGGGGAAGACGCAAUUCUUGUCUCAAGUGAAGCAAGGCCUUGCUGCGAUCAGUCAAAACUCCUCACACUUACAUACUGUGGUUGCGACUGUCAGCACCGAAAGCCCCAGAAAGAAGCAACGUAUAUUGUAA